CAUCGUACACCUGGUGAACCAGUGAUCGUGUGUACACAAACAUGUCUGGCCCAUUGAAGAAGCCUCGUGCUGUCUAUCCUGAGGAGAAAUAUGUCCCGGAAGAUAGUGAUGAAGAGAUAGAACAGGAUGAGAUGUUAGGACAAAGUGUGCAAGUCGACUUUGAAGGUUUCCAGGCCAGUGAUGGAGACUUUCACGGCAUCAAGAGAUUACUCCAACAAAAUUUCCGUGGCCUUGAGGUUGAUAUAUCUGGCAUAGCAGACACAGUUAUUUCUCAGAAUUAUGUGGGCUCUGUCAUUAAACAAGUGAGUGGAGAUGAUGAAGAGGAAGAUGAUGAUGAAGAGAUGCCCAUGGACAGUGAGGAGGAUGUUGAGCAGGUGUUUGGUGUGACAACCAUAAUCAACCUCACAUCCAGAAAGGAUGAAAAAUGCAUAGCAGGGCUGAGAACAGCUUUAGUUGAGAAAUGUUCAAGCCAUGCGAGUGACUCCACUAACCAGCUGCUGCGUGACUUAUUAGGCAAUGAAAGCAAGCAUGUGGGACUCCUUGUGUCUGAACGGUUAAUAAACCUUCCUGCACAGUUUUCUCUCCCAGUAUUUGAGAGUUUAAGAAAGGAGAUAGACGAAGCCAAGGCAAAAGAUAUGCCUUAUGACUUUACUUACCUGUUGAUGAUUUGUAAAGUUUACAAGACGGAGAAAAGGAAAAAGAAAAAGACUAUUGAGGCUGAAAUGUGGAGUAACCCUGAGGAAGAGGUCAUUGCUGAGGAAAGCAUUGCCAGUUUUGAGUAUUGUGUGAAGGGGGACACUGGUAUGUCAGGAGACUGGGAUGAAGAUGAUGCCCAGUACACACCGUAUCGACGAGUACUUCUCCUUAAUGCUUCACGCAUGCCUGAAAUUAUUGCCAAGGUCAAGCAAGCCAUAUACUAAUAAUACAGUAUUUAAAUGAAAACUUGAA